AUGGGCUACGACGUGACCAGGUUCCAAGGGGAGGUGGAUGAAGACCUGCUAUGUCCAAUAUGUAGUGGAGUUCUCGAAGAACCAGUGCAGGCCCCACACUGUGAGCAUGCCUUUUGCAAUGCCUGCAUCACACAGUGGUUCGCCCAGCAGCAGAUUUGUCCCGUGGACCGCACCGUGGUGACGCUGGCUCACCUGCGGCCCGUGCCUCGCAUCAUGCGCAACAUGCUGUCCAAGCUGCAGAUCAGCUGUGACAAUGCUAGUUUCGGCUGCACCGCUACGCUUCGACUGGACCAGCUUCAGUCGCACCUCAAGGACUGCGAGCACAACCCCAAAAGGCCCGUCAACUGUGAGGAAGGGUGUGGCCUGGAGAUGCCCAAAGACGAGCUGCCCAAUCAUAACUGCAUCAAACAUUUACGAAGUGUCGUCCAGCAGCAGCAAGGCAAAAUUUCAGAUCUAGAGAAAACUGUGGCUGAACAUAAACACCAGCUAGGCGAACAAAAACGAGAUAUUCAGCUGCUCAAAGCGUACAUGCGAGCCAUCCGCAGCGCUAACCCCAACCUGCAAAACUUGGAGGAGACCAUCGAGUACAAUGAGAUCUUGGAGUGGGUGAACUCCAUGCAGCCCGCUAGGGUGACCCGCUGGGGCGGCAUGAUCUCCACCCCCGACGCGGUGCUUCAAGCAGUCAUCAAGCGCUCGCUCAUCGACAGCGGCUGCCCGCUCUCCAUUGUCAACGACCUGAUCGAGAACGCCCACGAGCGCAAUUGGCCACAGGGCCUGGCCUCGCUGGAGACGCGGCAGAUGAACCGGCGCUACUACGAGAACUACGUGGCCAAGCGCAUCCCAGGCAAGCAGGCGGUGGUGGUGAUGGCCUGUGAGAACCAGCACAUGGGAGAGGACAUGAUCCUGGAACCCGGCCUCGUCAUGAUCUUUGCGCAUGGUGUGGAGGAGAUCCUAUAA